UUUAAGACUCGAAACACGUAUGGAUUGGAUCCAAUGCAAUCAUUGUGGCAUUAAACCAAAUCAAACGAAACUGUACCUAACAGCAUGCGGUCACGUUUUCUGUCAAAACUGUACGAAAGCUGCAUUUAACUCGCAGUGCUACUUGUGUAAAAAACCGCUAAAGGUGGAUGAAAUCAAUAAAAACUUGCGACCUGAUUUGAUGGAAUUGUUCAAAGAUCCGCGACAGCUGGCGUCAGACCUGGUCAACGAGCUGAAACAAGUUGUCGCAUUUCAGGCGAAACAGCGAGAAAUAUAUGUAAAAUGUAAAAACGCCGAGGCGAAAAAAGAUACCGAGCGAUUCGCCGAAGCACGCUCAAAACACGUGGAAAAGACUCAAGAAAUCGAAAAACGAAAGAAAGCUUUCCUUGAAGAUAAUGUCAAACUGAAAAAUGCAAAAGAGGAAAAGAAUCAGCUGAUGGCCAGGCUGAAGGAACUACGCGAACAACCAUCUCAAAAUCUUUCUGUAAAUAAACGCCGAUCGAACACUCGAACUGAGCCGCCUUUCUCGAAGAUAUCCCGAACUGGUCCUCCCUCUGUGAUGCGAAAAGCUAGUCAUGAAUUUUCAUUAAACCUGCGUGAUCAGUCAACGUCCAAGAUUCUCACCAGCACUCCUCUCUCCAAUAUCGAUUAUAGUCGCCGUGAUCAUAGGAAUAGAUUGUUUGGCGCAGGACUUGAGCAUCCGUCGCCAAUUCUUCGUCAAUAAAACUCCCUGUAUGUCACCUCCGUAUUUUUAUCCUUUUUCCACAAUUUUUAUUUCUAUUCAAAAUCAAAGGUUUAUUGCCCCCGUAAUAUCUCCCAAAGAAUAUUUAUUCCCCUCUUCACUUUCACAGUAUUUGCAUCUUUAUCGUUUUGUAACAUCACCUGCAGAUUUUGUAAACUAAAGAUUUAUUGAUU